AUGCUUGAGCAGAGAGAGAGUAAGGAGCCAGCCAUGAAUCCCUUCCAGAAAAAUGAGUCUAAGGAAACUCUUUUUUUACCUGUCUCUACGGAAGAGGUGCUGCCUAGACCUCCAAGUUCUCCAAAGAAGCCAUCUCCGAAAAUCUUUGGCUCCAGCUAUCCACUCAGCAUCGCCUUCAUUGUGGUGAAUGAAUUCUGCGAGCGUUUUUCCUAUUAUGGCAUGAAAGCUGUGCUGACCUUAUACUUCCUGUAUUUCCUACACUGGAAUGAAGACACCUCCACAGCUGUGUACCAUGCCUUCAGCAGCCUCUGCUAUUUCACCCCCAUCUUGGGAGCCGCAAUUGCUGACUCGUGGCUGGGAAAAUUCAAGACAAUCAUCUAUCUCUCCCUGGUGUAUGUUCUUGGCCAUGUAUUCAAGUCUUUGGGUGCCAUACCAAUACUGGGAGGAAAAAUGCUACAUACAAUCUUAUCAUUGCUUGGCCUGAGUCUAAUAGCUCUGGGAACAGGAGGUAUCAAACCCUGUGUGGCAGCUUUUGGUGGAGACCAGUUUGAAGAAAAACAUGCAGAGGCACGGACUAGAUACUUCUCAGUCUUCUACCUCUCCAUCAAUGCAGGGAGCUUGAUUUCUACAUUCGUCACACCCAUGCUGAGAGGAGACGUGAAGUGUUUUGGGGAUGACUGCUAUGCACUUGCUUUUGGAGUUCCAGGAUUGCUCAUGGUAGUAGCUCUUGUUGUGUUUACAAUGGGAAGCAAGACGUACAGAAAACCACCUCCUGAAGGGAACAUCGUGGCUCAAGUGAUCAAAUGCAUAUGGUUUGCUAUCUGCAACCGCUAUAGGAACCGUUCUGGGAACAUUCCAAAGCGACAGCACUGGCUAGACUGGGCAGCAGAAAAAUACCCAAAGCAUCUCAUUAUGGAUGUGAAGGCACUGACCAGGAUACUGUUCCUUUACAUCCCACUGCCCAUGUUCUGGGCUCUUUUGGACCAACAGGGCUCACGAUGGACACUGCAAGCUAACAAAAUGAAUGGUGAUUUGGGAUUUUUUGUGCUUCAGCCAGACCAGAUGCAGGUACUAAAUCCCUUUCUGGUUCUUAUCUUCAUCCCAUUGUUUGACCUCAUCAUUUAUCGACUGAUCUCCAAGUGCAGAAUUAACUUCUCCUCACUUAGGAAAAUGACUGUUGGUAUGAUCCUAGCAUCCCUGGCAUUUGCAGUUGCAGGACUUGUAGAGAUAAAGAUAAAUGGAAUGACCCAUCCCCAGCCAGCUUCCCAAGAGAUUUUCUUACAAGUCCUGAACCUGGCACAUGGUGACAUAAAGGUGACAGUACUAGGAAGGAGAAAUAACUCUCUCUUGGUGGAAUCUGUCAACUCUUUUCAGAAUACAACACACUAUUCCAAAUUACACCUGGAAACAAAAAUCCAAGAUUUACAUUUUCAUCUGAAGUAUAACAACUUGUCUGUCUACAAUGAGAAUUCUGUAGAGGAGAAGAACUGUUACCACUUGGUUGUUCAUGAGGAUGAAGGAAGUAUCUCCAGUGUGCUGGUAAAGGAUAUAGGAAUCAAACCAGACAACAGGAUGACAGCCAUCAGGUUUAUUAACACCUUGCAUAAAGACAUCAAUAUCUCCCUGGAUGCAGAUGUUCCUCUCAGUGUGGGCAAAGACUAUGGAAUGUCUGCAUACAAAACUGUGCUAAGAGGAGAGUACCCUGCAGUGCACUUUAAGACAGAAGACAGAGACUUUUUCCUCAAUUUAGGUCUACUAGACUUUGGUACAACCUACCUGUUUGUGAUCACUAAUAUCACCAAUCAGGGUCUUCAGACUUGGAAGACAGAAGAAAUUUCAGCCAAUAAACUAUCCAUUGCAUGGCAGCUACCACAAUAUAUCCUGGUCACAGCAGCAGAGGUCAUGUUCUCCAUCACAGGACUUGAAUUUUCUUAUUCUCAGGCACCAUCUAGCAUGAAAUCUGUACUCCAGGCAGCCUGGCUAUUGACAGUUGCAGUUGGGAAUGUCAUUGUGCUUGUUGUGGCACAGUUCAGUGGCCUGGUACAGUGGGCUGAAUUCAUUUUGUUUUCCUGCCUCCUGCUGGCCGUCUGCCUGAUCUUCUCCAUCAUGGGCUACUACUAUGUCCCUCUAACGUCAGAGCGUGUUCACAAGCCAAUGGAUAAGCAGGUUCCUCAUACCCAGGGGAGUAUGCUCAACCUAGAAACCAAGAAUACAAGGCUCUGAUGACUCACUGGACUCAUAACUGAUUCCCGGCUCUGGUUUCUGCCAUCACUUAUCUUCAAAC